UUCUUCAGUUAAACAUUCGCCGGGCGGGAUUUCCGCAUUAAUAUCCAGUAUGGCGAAAACGUACGAUUAUUUGUUCAAAUUACUCUUAAUCGGCGACUCUGGGGUCGGAAAAACCUGCGUCCUGUUCAGGUUUUCAGAGGACGCAUUCAACUCCACGUUCAUUUCCACGAUAGGCAUCGAUUUCAAGAUUAGGACGAUAGAACUGGACGGGAAGAAGAUAAAAUUACAAAUAUGGGACACAGCAGGACAGGAGCGCUUCCGAACUAUUACAACUGCCUAUUACAGAGGGGCAAUGGGCAUUAUGCUCGUCUACGACAUCACCAACGAGAAGUCUUUUGAAAAUAUCAAGAACUGGAUCAGGAACAUAGAGGAGCAUGCGUCGUCUGAUGUUGAGAAGAUGGUUCUUGGAAACAAAUGUGACAUCAAUGACAAGCGGCAGGUUUCCAAAGACAGGGGAGAGAAGCUUGCAUUAGAAUAUGGGAUCAAAUUCAUGGAGACCAGUGCGAAGGCAAACAUUAAUGUGGAAAAUGCUUUUCUGACACUCGCCAGAGACAUCAAAACAAAAAUGGACUCAAAAUUGGAGGGUAACGCUCCCCAGGGCAGCAGUCAUGGAGUGAAGAUCUCGGAGCCACAGAAAAAGACCAGUUUCUUCCGCUGCACCCUCCUCUGAGUCUGUGUCUCUGUGGAGGCUCUGUGUCUCUGCGGAGGCUCUGUGUCUCUGCGGGGGCCCUGUCUGUGCAGAGCAGGACUUUAACUGUAACAGACUGUGCUCGCUUCAGCACUUCUUCCUGUCCUCCGUCCACGGUCUGUCCCCUCGUCCUAAACACAGGACACUUUCUGUUUCUUCCACUUUUUAAGCUUCCAGCAACAGUUCUCUUCCAACAGGAUUCACAGGGGCAAACUGCUUAACUAUGGACCUUUAGAAAUGACAUUGUCCUAAUAGUUGACAGCAUUGAAACCAGGCAAUUCUUUGUUUUCUUAUUGCACAGGCACAGCACAAGUGUUGACUCAUUUAGAGUGAGGGAAAGUGCAAAUAGCAGUUGUGGGAUCUCAAUAUAAAUGUAAUAUCUAUUUUUAUUAGUGCUCUUUCCCUUAGUAUGUGAUAUAAGUCAGGCAGAGACGGAUGGCUUAAAGUACAGUUAAGAAGAAUGGAUUAUCAUAAUUGAAAAUGAUUUGCUGAAGCAGUUUCAGUUAUUUGCAAUAAGAUGUAGUUCAGGCGUUUCUCUCCUUAAAGACAUUGACUGAAAAAUUGAGAUGCUCUGAUUGUGUGUAGCUAAAUGAAGUCUCUGCUCUUCUGACAAACAUUCAAAUCACUGUAGGCCUCUGCUCCAGGCUCCUCGCAGCUGUGCACUUUACCUGUGUUUGUGUAGUCUGUGCCAAGUGUAGUGCAAAGAUGAGCGUCUUAGCUGAGGAGGAAGACCGCUUAUACUUGGGAGUAUUUCAGGCAAUUUUAUUGCACAUAUUUAAAAACUUGAUAGUCUUUGCUGUGCUAUUUAUCCACUGUCCUGGUAUUCAUUUGCAUAAUACCCCACUCAGACAAAUUGUGGUGAUUAGAUUAGAAAGAAGAAGGCUGCAGUUGGUCACAACACAUAAUGAACAUUUGUGACCAAUAACAGGUGGUCAUAUUGUUAUGCCUAAUCUGUGUAUACUGUAUCACUCAUGAACAUGGCAACAUGAUAUUAGAAUUUUUCAUUUUUUAUGCUACUGUCCUGCCAAAGUAUAAUUUGUAUUUUAUUGAUCAAACCCAAGUCUUAAGAACAAUUUUAUUAGUAUUGGCAUAGAUUUGUGCGGCUUUAGGUGGCACAAUAGAGGAGCUCUAACUUGUGAUCACCCAAACAAACAAGUCAGUAUUCCACCUGUCUCUUGACCCUAAAUUAUUUGCUCUAUAAAUGUCUUAAUCCUUUUCUUUUCUCUAAAUAUUAAGCUCUUAAAUGCACAAAAGUCAAUGGGAAAUUUCGCUCUUGUUUGUUUUAUGUGACCUCAUCGCUAUAUAACCAUUUGUCUUAACACAUCAGUUCAGUCUUUGGCGAGCUAUGCAUCGUGAUUCAUGGACCUGUGCAUAUUUCUGUCUUUCAGUCAGUUAUUUCAACCUGUACAGUUUAAUGUAUGGGAUUUUUGUUGUUUUAAUUCUGAAGCAAAAGCAGGACUGCAUUGUAACACCAGUGCAGAUUAAAACUCGCUUAAAUCAUAAAGUAGGAAUAUUUAAGUGGUGUUGAAAGAGUUGAUUUCCAAUGCUGUAGCAACAAGCCUUCAGAAAUAUGGGAGCAAGUCUGAACUAUCCUGUGUUACGAAGUUAAGGUCAUUUUGGCAUUACAAAACUGGUUGACUUUAUUUUUAGAAACCUAUGCUGAUUUGGUAACCUAUGCUGAUUGUUCAUAAUCUUAUCACUAGAUUCAAGAUUUUUACUGUCACACUCUCUAAAUUCACGCACAUAAUUGGUGUUUAAAAAAAGAUGAAUAAAAAGAUUUAAAAAAAAAACAAAAAAAAAACGACUUGUUCAAUAUUUGCAGUCGUCGCUCAUUAUUUAGGACCUGUUUUUGGUGUGUAUCAAAUUUGUGUUGAAAUCUCUGGAAAGUGGGACGUUUAUCUGGUUGUCAGCUUUGUAAUGCCACUGAUCAGGACUAGAGAUACUUGCAGUACUAUACAUUUAUUUAAGUAGCUUCUGUAGCACAGGCCUGGGGAUUUUUUUUUUUUUUUUAUAAUUUACGAUCAUACAACUUUUUUUUCCUUUUUUUGUGUAAAAUUUAUUUUUUGCAACUCAUCAACAUGGCUCUUGUUCUCAAUCUUAAGUCAUAACUUGCCGUCAUCUGUUGUCAAGUACACGGGGAGCAACAUUGUAAAUACCACUUUGACAAUAAGAGAUCUACCUAAACUGUACUGUACUUUGUAAACCCAUAUCGAAAUGUAUCUACUCUUUGUAGAUAUAUGAACUUUUGAUUUAAUAAAAUAAGACUAUUUUAAAA